AUGGCAACUUCCUUAACGGUGGCCGUCAUAGGCGCUGGUCUAGCAGGACUAACUGCUGCUCGUGAACUUCAACGAGAAUCCCACCAAGUUGUGGUGUUUGAAAAGUCACACCGACUCGGUGGAACUUGGGCCUAUGAUCCACGAGUGGAGUCUGAUCUACUGGGAGUUGACCCAACUAGAGAUAUCGUUCAUGGAUCUCUCUACCACUCUAUGCGAACCAAUCUUCCUCGUGAACUCAUGAGCUUCACCGAUUUCAAAUUCAGUGAAAAAGUAUACCAAGAUCCACGGAAGUUUCCUAGCCAUGACGAAGUUCUAAAGUUCUUGGAAGAUUUUGCAUGUAGUUUUGAACUCAACAAGUUAAUUCGGUUCAAUACUAUGGUGACCAAAGUGGAGGUCUUGGAUUCAGGGAUCACCCAGUUUGUGGUUGAGUCGAAUAUAUAUGGGGUGCAUUCGGUGGAGGUGUUCGAUGCAGUUGUGGUUUGUAAUGGUCACAACAGUGAACCUCAACUUGCCACUGAUAUUCCAGGUCUUGAGACAUGGCCUAAAAAGCAAAUGCAUAGCCACAACUAUCGAGUUCCUGAACCAUUUCUAGACCAGAUUGUAGUUAUAAUUGGGAGUGGACCAAGUGCAACCGACUUAUCAAGAGAAAUCGCGACAGUUGCAAAAGAAGUACAUAUGUCAUCAAGAUCGCCACUUGUUAAUAACAGACCAAAAUUGGUGAAAGCGGACAAUCUAUGGCAGCACUCCACGAUCAACUAUAUAAGCACAGACGGUACAAUAAUAUUUCAAGACGGAGUCUAUGUUGAAGCGGAUGUUAUACUUCAUUGCACCGGGUAUGUACAAGAUAAUAUUCUUUUCAAAAUUUGA